AUGGCAGCCUGGCUGCUUAACAAGCUGAAAUCCUUCAUGGUGCUGGCAUAUGGGUUUACCGGUCUUCUUUACUAUGGACUCGUAGCUGUGCGGUUGGGAUAUCUCUUCAAGGAACCCACUGAGAAGGAGAACUUGGAAUUGCAGAUUGCUCGCGAUAAGUUUUGGAAUCUGUCGAAGGAUUGGUCGGGGUUUGCCCAUCACAUACUUACUCUGCGAAGCGGGUUCAAAUUCCAUUAUGCGAAACCGGUGGUCGUCUUCAUCCACGGCUUCCCGGAUAGCUGGGCCAUCUGGCGCCAUGUCCUAAGCUCGUCGUCUCUCCAGGAGUCCGCGACUUUGGUUGCGGUCGACAUGCCCGGUUAUGGAGGCAGUGACAGCUUCGAGGAAUACUCUGCCACGAAUGUGCUCGAGAGUUUGACGGAAUUCGUCAUCGCGAUCAGAGCUAAAUAUGGCGUGGAUACUGAGGCUGGUCCCCGCCAGAAGAAACUGACUAUUGUCGCGCAUGACUGGGGUUGUGUUGUUUCGAUGCGACUUGCUGCUGAGGCUCCUCAGUUGGCGGACCGGUUUAUCUUGACUAACGGGCCUUUGCCUCGACACUCUGCCUCCAAUGUUCGUCGUCUCAUCUCCACGUCGGUCAAGAUGGUUAAAACUGCUUCGCGCGAUCCGAUCCGUUCACGCUCAAUGUUCUCCAAGGCGUUUUCGACUCUGGGCCCCGUGUUUCGGCAAGUGUGGAGGUCUAAGUACAUCUUCGCUUUCCAGCUCCCUAUGUUUCUCGUUCGGUAUUUGGGUAGAGGGGGUUAUUAUUCCUUCUUGAAAAUCAUCCACAGGUCUUCUUACGGAAGGCGGGAGUUUACUUCUCAGGAUGCUGCCGAGUGUCUGGCAAGCACUAUGGGCCCGUCAACUACCGAAUCCAGCACUCAAACCGCCGAUGGUGAGGAAUAUCCGGCUUCACUGAAGAAUGAGCGCGCACCGUCGAGCUUUCAGCACAUGGCCUGCUACUACAGGGAUGGGACUUCUAUCGCGCGCUGGAACAAGUCUGUUGAGACGAUUACCGACCUGCACAGCAUCAGUGGCGGCAACGGGGCUGGACUGUUUGACGACGGACCCAAGGGCGCCUUGAAAGCCAGUGCAACCAUCCUUUGGGGCAAGGCCGACAUUGCCUUGGAGCCGCAGAUUUGCUUGGAUGGUAUCUCGGAUUAUCUCGUCGCGGACAGUCAGCUUGUCGAGCUUCCUCUGUCGGGCCACUUCACUCCGCUGGAGCGCGAGAGCCAAGUUGCUCUGGAAAAGGCGGUUGAGUGGUCUGUUAAGGGCGAGAAGGAAGACAUUGGGGCUGUUGUCAAGGCCUGCUACCCGAAGGCUGUGGUGACUCUGCGGAAGUAA